GCUGAAAUUCUUAUUAAAGAUAGCUAAACAUAAAAUUACUCCUAUAAUUUUCUCAUUUUUGCAGGAGAUACAAGCAUAUCGUCGCAAAUUAUUUCAACAUUAUGUAUCAACCCAAAAAUAGAACUAGCUAGCGAAUUAAGGGAAUGGUAAGCAGAACAAGCAUACUUUCAUAUAACCCAAUAAUGGAAUAUUAUUAUUUGUUAAUAUAAUAUGCAUGUUUCAAUUGGAAGAAGAUGCAAAAGCAAAAGGAUCUCCAUCGACGCUUUUUAAAAAUGCCAAGGAAAUUCAUAUUAGUGAUAUUAUGCAUAAGUCACAGAAUUCUAUACAGGCACGGUAUUGCACAUUUAAGGCAAAGAUAACUACUAUUUUAAAUAGGCUCGAGCCAUGGUUCUAUGCUUGCAAAGGCUGUGACAAGAAGGUUGAUAAAGAUGUUAGUAAAGAGUGUCUGAAUGACAAAUGCCGCAGAAUCAUUGAUGACCCAGUACCAAGGUACUUAGUUAAGAUUCUCGUGGAAAAUGGCACAGAUAAUGCAAGAGUAACACUCUUUGACGCAGCAGAAACUCUUAUUGGAUGCAAAGCAUAAACAUUCAUUACAGAAAAGAAAGAGAGUCCAUAUUUCCAAAAAUUUGUUUUGAACAUCAGAAAAACAUUCAAAUUCCUGGUAAAGUUAGAUGAAAAGAAAAAGGAUGAACGAGGCGAAGGCAAUAUAAUAGCACAAGAAAUUCAACUCCAGUCUGAUAUUACAAUCGACAUAGAUGAUGAAGAUGCUACUCUAGAGUUGCCCAGAAAAAAGAUAAAGGUGGAGAAAGAUUGAUCUCCGUUCAAUUAGAAAUUUUCAAGAACAAUAUUUUUUAAUCAUUUUAUAUAACAACUUAUUUUUUUAUUACAAUUAGGAAUUUUUAUAAGGUAUUUUCAUGCAGAGUUAUUAGUAGUUUUGUAUGCUUACGUGAUUGCUUACAUCACAUAAAAUUAUACUUUGAUAUUUAACCAUUUUACUAUAUUUUGUUAUUGUCUAUGGAUAGCACAGAAUGUGAUCAAUCAUUUAUGAUAUAAAGGUGGCCUCUUUUAACUAAUUGGCAAAGAAUUAUUGUUGUGAUGAAUUUGCUUGGGGUUGUCACAAACCUCAAUAUUCUUUGUUUUCAAAAAAAAAACUUGGCUUACUAAUUAUUACUUGUUAAGAUUGUUGUCAUGUUGAAUAAGAGGCCAAAUUUGAUCAAGAUUUACUUUCAUACUUUAAUUAAGUUCCUGUUAGGUGUUGUAGACUGUC